AUGAAACGCAGCCCAGUUUACCAAGGCAGGACGGCCGAGCAGCGGCCGCGUCUGCUGGGAGGAAGCGCCGCUUCCCGCUUCCGCAAAGGCACUCUGCGGGCCGACGAUGGCCCUGAUCCUGCGACCAGAUUUGAGGAUGGUGCCAGCUUUGCAGCUCUGCUCUGCACGACACCGGUGGAGAUGAAGGGUGAUGAGGGCUAA